AUGUCCCCUUUCACCGAGCCACUACUCCAGCUGGACGUCUUCAAGCAGAGUGCAGACGCUCUUCCACAAAAGGAGCGCAUUAUUCUUGCUUAUAAUCGCGCUCGCGAGAUUGGACGAGCGUAUGGCCUGACAACAACCGAUGUCCAGUCCCUAUCCCCCAAAUUCUGGGCCCUCCACCUAGACCCCAUAAACCCCUAUGACAUGGCGGCUUUUACGCUGCUGACGAUCCAUUAUAACCUUGCCGCUGGGACCUUGGCACGCUUUUUGCCUGACAGGCCGGAUUUGGAAGGGGUUAUGGCGGAUAUUCUUGACUUUAACGUCUCGGCACAAUUCCUCCUCACAGAAGUCGGACACGGUCUUGAUGCGCGGAAUCUCGAGAUGACCGCGACAUUGAAACCUGACGGGGGAUUUGAGCUGCACACACCGCAUCCUGGGGCCGCUAAAUAUAUGCCCCCGACAUCACCCCAACCAGGUUUUCCGCGCGUUGCAAUCGUCAUUGCAAGGCUGAUUGUGGCUGAACAGGACAAGGGUCUUCGUCCGUUCCUUGUUUGGCUUAAUGAUGGGUAUACGAUGAAUACGGGGGUUUCUGUCAAACUCCUCCCCCACCGGACCGGCUCAAAGCCUCUUGACCACUGCAUCACGACUUUCAAUCACGUCCGGCUUCCAUCAACCGCGCUCCUGGGAACCAUUGAGGAUGCCCGCGUAGACUUUCACGAGACAAUUCAGCGCGUCCACGUGGGCACACUUGCGCUGACAACGACACUCAUCCCCAUCCUGAAACGAGCCACCUACAUCGCGGCAAGAUACAGUCUCCGUCGACGAGUCGGCGGCUCUUAUGACGGUCGUGCAGCGCCAAAGCCAAUCCUCUCCUUCCGCACACAGCAACGCCCCAUCCUCUUCGCUCUCGCACAAGUUACGGUCUGGGAAGCGUAUGCAGACUGGAGUACAAAGCUAUUCACGGAUAAGUCGAUCGAUUACUCGAUCCGACACGGUAUCGCCACAACAUUCAAAGCUGUUUUGACACAGGGGACACAGAGCAGUCUAUUUGCGCUGAGUGAGCGCUGCGGAGCGCAGGGUCUCUUCGAGUAUAAUCAUAUCAUUGAGAAUCAGCUCGAGGCGCGAGGGAUUUCGAUUGCCGAGGGGGAUGUGCUUGUUCUUUGUAUUCGCCUCGCAACCGAACUCCUCCUGAACCGAUAUACCCUCCCGCAACCAACGGAACCCUCAAGCUUACUAGCACAGUACGAAGCCGGUCUAGCAUUCAACAUCUGCAACUCAACCCUUGCCACUAUAAACAGCAAUCACCGAGAUGCGGAGUACAACAAGCUUAUCCUCCCACACGCCCAACAUCUAAUCGAGAGCAUCGGCCACAGAAUGGCGUACGAAGCUGCCCGCGCCGCGGGUGUUGAUGGAGACUUGCUAGCGCUGUAUGAAGCUGGCGUCUUAUUCCAGGCGCCGGGGUGGUAUGUGGCUACCAUGGGACUGGAUAUUCGAGGAGUGUUUGGGAAUGAGAGCGGGGCGAUGGAUAGGGUGCUGGGAAGACUGGGUGAGGUGAUUGAGGGGUUGGAAAAGGAGGUCGGGGCGUAUUGUAAGGCGCCGAUUUUGGGGGAUGAGCAGUGGGCAGCGUUUGUUGCGGGGUUGGAAGGAAUCGGCGGGGAUCAAGUGGUCCGUCACGAGGAGGGGAGAGCAGAGUUUGUGAGCAGCAUGCUCUAG